UAUUUUUUUGUCUUGACUCACAUUUUUAGUCAUUCUAGUUAUUUUUUUUUCUUGUUUUUAAGUUUUAUUUUUUUGUCUUAACUCACAUUUUUAGUCAUUCUAGUUAUUCCAUACUUAUUACCGGACCUUGAACGCAGCACGUCGUUGACGCUGCCCGCUGGAGGCGGAGCCUUGUGACGUCAGGGGGUGGAAGAAAACAGCAGAACAGGAAUCAAAACAAGAGACGGACACGCCUUCAUUCUUAAAGGUUAAAGCAGAAAAUUCUUUAAAGCUGCUGCAGAAAAAGAAGGAAAGCCCCUGAAGCGUUUCAUCCGAGAGGAAACCAAAACUAAAAAUAAAGAKAGGGAAAGAAACGCGGCCGCGGCAGGGACAAGUCCACUGCAGAAAUGGAGUCCAGAGAAAAGCCUGACAGCGCUCACAGGAGCCGCUGAUAAAGGUCGAAACCACCGCCGAACUGACGUCCGAACCGCGCAAAAUGCCCAACCAGAAGAGCAGCAAGGGGAAGAAGAGCAAACGCACCAACAGCAGCGGGGACGAGCAGGAGAAUGGAGCGGGUGCAGCCGCCGCCGCAGCGGGAGGCGCGGCCGCGGCCGCGGCUGCUGCCGCCGCUGCACCCAGGACCGAGCGCUGCCCCUCCGGCGAGGUCCAGUGCGCCUCCCCGCUGGGCUGCAGCCUGAGCCGGCCCGUGGACCUGGACAAGGAGGACCACCAGCGGGUGCUCUGCAACAACGAGCUGUGCCCGCACGGCAACUGGAUGCACCUGCAGUGCUUCUACGAGUGGGAGAGCUCCAUCCUGGUCCAGUUCAACUGCAUCGGCCGCGCCCGCUCCUGGAACGAGAAGCAGUGCCGGCAGAACAUGUGGACCAAGAAGGGCUACGACCUGGCCUUCAGGUUCUGCUCCUGCCGCUGUGGCCAGGGGCACCUGAAGAAGGACACCGACUGGUACCWGGUGAAGAGGAUGCAGGACGAGCGCAAGAAGAAGCCGUCGGAGAGGAGCGCGGGCAGGAGRGCGGCGGCCGGAGGGGGCGGGGCCACUGCCGCCUGCGCCCUGGACGGACCCUUCGACGAGCCCAAGAAGAGCAAGCCAGCCGGGGGGAAACCAGCCCACAGGGCGUCCAGUCAGGAGCUGCCUCGCAGACAAUCAGUGGACCGACAGAACUCUACGGAGAGAGGAGCGGCUGGAGGAGGCCCCUCCCCCUUCGGACCUCCUCACAAGUCUCCGUGCGUCUCCCCAGGACAAUCUCCUCCCACCGGUUUCUCCUUCUCCCCCAUCCCCGCCCCGGGACUGGCAGGUUUUCGUGGUUCCCGUCAGCUGGGCGAGUUCUUCAAAGCCACCGCCCACCCGGACUCGCAGAGGAAACACCUGCUGGCGGGGGGRGGAGCUCCGGGUCGGGGAGGCGGCUGCCCCCUGGCGGGCGGUGCGGGCAGCCCCCACCUGGACCCCGGCUCUGUUCUCCCCCUGCAGCUCUCUUUGGCCCUCCACCACCGCAUGGCCCCCGGCGGKGGGGCGGACCCUCACCCGGUGCAGUUCCUGAGGAGGCUGGACCUGACGGAGCUCCUCGCCCACAUCCCCCGCCAUAAACUCAACACGUACCACGUCCGCAUGGAGGACGACGCCCAGGUGGGCCAGGGGGAGGAGCUACGCAGGUUCAUCCUGUCGGCUCUUAGUGCCAGCCAGAGGAACGUGGUGAACUGCGCGCUGUGCCACCGCUCGCUGCCCAURUUCGAACAGUUCCCCCUGGUGGACGGGACCCUCUUCCUGAGCCCCUCGCGCCACGACGAGAUCGAGUACGACGUGCCCUGCCACCUGCAAGGUCGGCUCAUGCACCUGUACGCCAUCUGUGUGGACUGCCUGGAGGGCGUCCACAAGAUCGUCUGCAUCAAGUGCAAGUCUCGCUGGGACGGGAGCUGGCACCAGCUGGGCACCAUGUACACCUACGAUAUACUGGCCGCUUCGCCGUGCUGCCAGGCCCGUCUCAACUGUAAGCACUGCGGGAAGCCGGUGGUGGACGUGCGGGUGGGCAUGCAGUAUUUCUCAGAGUACAGUAACGUCCAGCAGUGCCCUCACUGCGGGAACCUGGACUAUCACUUCGUCAAACCCUUCUCCUCCUUCAAAGUCCUCGAGGCUUAUUGACAAAUGUUUUAAUGCAUGCUAGUUCAGCUGCUUUCUUUAGUUCUCACUCAGUCUAGGAAAGAUUUUAUUUUAGUUUGUUGUUUUUCUGGGGGGGGGGGUAUAAGGUGGUUUUAUGUUUUUAGGUAAAUAAAUAAAUAAAGUCUGGUUACCACAGAAAGGCUGGAGGACAGUAUCUGUUGGAGACGUGUGGAGCUGAUGUUCACAUUUAUCUGUGACGAGUGAAUGUACCUGUACGCCAAAUUUACCGUUAUUUUUUACCAGAAACAAUCCUAAAUAAUAAAAAAUAAUAAUAAAAGAUUCA